AUUUUAGGUCGGCCACGUCUCGAAGAAACGCUCGUGAAGGGUUUUGUAAAGUUUUGUUGUCAUUUUUCUGUCUGCGCGCGGCGUCAGUAUCAGUCCGCAGCGGAUCUCUGCGGAACUUCUUUUCACGGCGGAUGAUUCUUGUUCAAAUGCGCGUCGUGUUUAUAGCAGGUGAAAAUCAACGAGGUGAAAUCUGCUGACAACAUCCAGGUGCUGUCAGAGUCCCACCACAACUCAUCCCGCCUCCAUGGCCUCCAACGGCACCCCCAAGGGCUGCGGCUCUAAUGUGGACUCCCUCUAUUACAACCUGUGUGACCUCAGCGUCGUGUGGGGCAUCGUGUUGGAGGCCUUCGCAGCAGCUGGAGUCAUCUUCUCCUUCGUGCUCCUCAUCUCGUUGCUCGGCAGCCUCCCUUUCAUUAAAAACUCCAGCAACAAGAGUUCUGUCGGUCUUCAUGCUUUAUUCCAGAUCUUCACCGCCGGCCUCUUCGGCCUGACGUUUGCCUUCAUUGUGGGGAAGAACUUCUCCACCUGUGCAUCGCGGAGGUUCCUCUUCGGAGUGUUCUUUGGAGGCUGCUUCGCCUGCAUCCUGAUGCAGUGUGUGAGGCUGAACAUUCUGGCUAGGCGGGACCACAGGCCCCGGGGUUGGGUCUUGUGCCUGGGGGCGUUGGGGCUGUGGCUGGUGGAGGUGGUCAUCAACACAGAGUGGCUGAUCAUUACGAUGGUGCGCUACCCGAAUGGGUCGCUUAAUGCUACAGUUGAAACUAGAGCAGCCACGGCAACACCGUGCAACAUCGCCAAUCAGGACUUUGUCAUGGCCCUGAUCUACGUGAUGACCCUGAUCCUGGCUGUUGUGGUAGCAAGUCUGUUCGUCAUGGCAGGAAAAAACUCGCAGUGGAGAAAAGAUGGCGCUCUCAUAUUCGUGACGUCCCUCCUCUCUGUGGGUGUUUGGGUGGCAUGGAUCGUCAUGUACGUGUAUGGGAAUGAGGAGACUGGGGGCCCAACAUGGGAUGACCCUACUUUGGCCAUCGCCUUGGUGGGAAAUGCCUGGGUGUUUGUCAUCAUCUACAUCAUCCCUCAGAUUUGCUGCUUGACCACUGAUGAUGAGAGCAAACAAGACUUGGAUGAGAAUAUGUACUCAAAUAGAGGCGUCGGAUACGAGACCAUCUUGAAGGAGCAGAGCUCUCAGAACAUAUACAUGGAAAAUAAGGCUUUCUCCAUGGAUGAGCCCAGUCGAGGAUCCAAGCCAGUUUCUCCAUACAGCGGCUACACCGGCCAGGUGCGCAGUUCGGUCUACCAGCCCACUGAGCUGGCUCUCAUCACCAAAGCUUUAGGAAAUCACCCACCGGACCAGUCCUAUGACAUGAUCAUUCCCAGAGCUUCCACUGGCUCUGCAGCCAACAGCAGGAGCAGCGCCUCCUCCACACACACCGAGGCUGCACACAUGCAGAUAAGCGGACAGGGUUUAAACCAGACACCCCAGUGGUGAAAAUGCCAUGGCUCUCUACACUUGGUCAAAAUACCUUCAGCUGAUGUCUUCUCAUUUGCACUUGCUGACUGUAUAUUUGCUGUUAUUCAUGGUUCCCUAAGCUGGCUCUAAGAGGAACCCUUGGACCCAACACAUGGCAGUGAAUGUGGGGUCAUCCCUCUGAUGGAGAUAAACCUUCUAUUGCCACUGGGUGUCAGACAAUGGAGCUUAAUUUGGAAAGUCCAGGGAUGAAGCUUUGCUUCAGAACAAAGACUUUUUACAGCAGUCACCAUUUGCUGACAGCGAACUUUGAGCUCUCAGCUGGACCCAAACACACAGAUGAAGACUGACGGUCUGCACAUGAUAUUUAGUCCAUAACUACAAUAGAUAAUUUUUUACUCAGCUUAGCAUGAGGACAUCGCAACCUAAUUAAGAAACCUAUUUCAUUUACAAUAAUGAUGGUGCAAUGUUGAGUUUAAUUAUCACAUGUAAUGUAUUUUUGUUCCUGGGUUGUCAAUGAUGUUAAUGAUUACUCCCCUAAGUCCCUACAAAGGAUUGCUCCUGGUAUUGAAUUAAUGCAGUUACUUUAUAUUGUAAAGGUGUCAUUGAUUUUGCAAUGCAUAUAAGUGAUGUAUGUUUGUGCAUAUUUAAUAUUAUUUAAAGUACUAAUGUGUGGUAUUUAAUUAUUUUAAAUAAUUUCUAACAAUCAAACAGAAUAGAAAGCAGAAGUCCAGCCUGUUGUACAUUUCUAUCACAGGCUUCAUGUUGCUCGGUGUAAUUUCUCCCUAAAGGUUUCUUUCAUUAGGUUUCUGAAAAUCUUAAUCUUAAUCCAAUUUAGUUCUUUUAGUAAAUAUGUAGGAGAUAAGUAAUACAAGAUAAGAAAAAGGCUUCCAGUUGUUAUAUCAACUAUCUUUAACAACUAGGGAUGUUACAAAACCAGCAGUUUGGAACCAGUACCACUGAAAUACUUUAUACAAUAAAAAAUGAUAAAUAAAAUAAUAUAUUCAGAUGUAAAGUUUAAAAAAAUGUCAGCUGUAAUGUACAGUGAUGCUGUUGUGGUUAUGAGAAGAGUUUGGGUGACUUUAUAAGAGGUCACUGAAAUACUUUAAAUCAACAUUGUUACACAGGAAAAAUACAGCUACUGCAGUCCACAAGCAUCUGUAUUAUUUAUAACCAUAAACUGUUACUUACCCAGUUCUGCAAAUAUAUGCACGUUCCAGAGUAAAAUCUUGUUUAGUAGACCUGCAGAACCAUCUUAUACUGUUAUAAUAGUAAUGUUCAAAUACAUUUUCAAGUUUGCUGUGGCAGUCACCGACCAAUAUAAGAUAUGAAUUCAUGAUACAGUUAUGCCCAAAAUUUUAUAUGUGUGCAAUGUGCAUUUUCUAUUAUAUUGAGAAGAAGUGAUCAUUUUCUUUGGCUGAUGCAUUAAACUGCUCAACAAUUGAGAAGCCAUUCGUAAAGCUCAGAAAAUGAACCAAGAUAAUCAUAAUUAUCCUAAAAGCAUGUUGUGAAUUAGAAUAACUCUUCCUGUUGGACAGUAGGUACUAACUGCAUUUGAAAGCAGACAGAAACCUUUUUUCAUGUUUUAAGAAAAACAAAUGAAAGAAACCAUGUGAGACAAUUCACUGAUCAAGCCUGGUAAUAAAUGUUGAGACUUUAGUUGUUAGUAAUUUUUACAUUUAUUUAUAGAAAUAGACACAGAUCACAGCCAAGGGUUUGCUUUUAAUGUACUACAAAUAAAAAAUCACUUGUGAUGCCCUGAA